AUGGGCUCCGGCGUCGCUGGAGCAACAACCCUACAUCUUCGGCAUCCUUCCCCAUUCUACAACAGAAGUACAACUGUAGAAAAACCUAAGAUUCUUCUAAAAAUAUUUCCAUUCAAGAUACGGAACAGUCACUUUGGUUACAUACGUUUUAUUAAAGCAAAGAGUGACGUUGCUCCUGAGGACAUACAUGCUCUUGUAGAGCUUGGGUUUGGAAUAUUUCAUGCAUCGCAGAAUAAGUUUGUUGUCCAGAUAAAAUGGGGAGGUUUGCUCAUCAGGCUUUUCAAAAAGCAUGCGGAGAGACUUUCACUUGAUGUGCAAUGGAGGCCACUUUACGAGACAUUGAUACAGACCCAUUUCAAGAAAAACAUGGGCCCUGAGGGCUGGAAAGUAAGACAGCAACACUUCGAGACCAUCACCAGCUUAGUACGUGCCUCUAGGACUUUCUUUCCUGAAGGUGCAGCUGCUGAGAUUUGGUUGAAAUUCAGGAUAAGCAGCAAGUUAGUGACUGGGGCAAAACUGUCGCCAUUAUCGAUAUACUCUUCCAGCCUAUGAUGCUCGUUAUAACUCCCAUGGGUGGCCUUACCGCCAUCAUCAGUCCUUCAACUUGUCAAGAUGAAAAGCAGCAUGAAUCCAAGAAGGAACCAAUUAAUUUUUUCCAAGACUGAUUUGGUUUUUGUAUCUUCGCUCCAAGUUUGUAUCUCCACCAUGUUCACUUGGACAAUGUUUAUAUGUACCUUCCAAGAUCACCCAAGAAAAUUAGACAUUCUGAAAUCUUCA